AUGAAUGACGCUGCUGAGUCAGACGGUGUUGAGGAGUGGAUCGUCUCGCCGCGAAACGAGGCUGCUGCAGAGCCGGCUGCAACGGUUGCAACGCAGGUUGUCGAUGCGGCCACUACUGAGUCGACUGGUUCAGUCGCUUUGAAGAAGCGACGAUUAAGGCAGCAGGUUUUGCAGUGGGGAACACCGCCGCCGAAGCCUGUUGCUCCACCUCCCCGUGCUGCCCCACCCCCCGUUCGUCCCCUUUCAGACGAGGAGAAGGAGAAGGCGUACCUGAAGGCGCAGAAGAGCUACACGUCUGAUUGGCUGCCGAAGUUUGACUGGCUGAUUCUGGACAAGACCCCUGAGGGUGACCCGUGUCUGCGAUGCAGUGUCUGCAUGGAGCAAGGGAAGGACAACGCGCGUUACGGUCGCAAUGGCGCUGGCGGUCGUGAUCUGCAGAUCGGGUCGAUGCGGUGGCACGAGAACAGCGCGAAGCACGAGGACGCGAUGAACAAGCAGGCGAACCUUCUGCAGAAGAUCGCCGACCAGAAGAAGAUUGAAGACUUCGCGAAGGGAGAUCCCGAAGGAUGUCAUGUCGCGGUGGAGGUGACGCAAGUCACAGAGGAGGUCGACCGUGUGGUGUCCCUCAUCGAGCACCGCUACAUCGACUACGAGGGUGGUUUCGGGGCGGGUCUGAGCACCCACUUGUCUCCAUUCAUGGCACGUGUCAAGAAAGGAGACAAGAAGGUGAAGGUGGACGGUGUGGACGCUAGCGGCAGACCCGUCAAGCACACCUUCGAGCUCAGCGAGCUGCUGGACAAAAAGCACAAGUUCGGCGGGACCCUGGCAGAUUGCGUGAAGAUGGGCAUGGCCUUCGCCCGUGAGGUCGUGUACAACCUGAAGCACCGCAUGCGAGAUCUUCGUCGAAUGGGUGGCAUGAAACUGUUCAGGGUGGACAAGUAG